AUGGCAAUUACCAAAGUCACCACAAUCUCGCAAAUCAUUCAUUUGAAACAACUCAUCAAAAGCUGGAAGACCAUCACCCUCUCCGACUCGGCGAUGUCAUCGGCCGCGGCGUCUGGUUCUUCCCAUCACAUUCCUUCUGGUUUUCUCACGGUUUAUGUUGGUGAGGUACGCAUGAGGUUCUUGAUCCCCACAAGGUUCUUGAACCUUCCUAUUUUUGUGUAUCUUCUUAAUAUAGCUGAAGAGGAAUAUGGGUUCAAGUUCAGUGGGGGCAUUGUGUUGCCUUGUGAAGUUGACUUCUUUAAACAAGUGUUGAAGUUUCUUGAAAAGAAUGAGAAGAAAUAUGGAAGCUUAGAGGUGCAUGAGUUUUUGAAGUUGAUUCAAGAGGUGGGUUUUGAUUCAUCUUCAUCUUCAUCUUCAUCUUCAUGUAAGGAAAGUAAAUGGUCUUGCUCUAGGUUUACGCCUUUAAUGCAUAGUAAAGCUAGGAUUUGA